AUGGGUAUUCUCAUCAGCAACGACGCUGCAAAAGCCGUCAUCCCAGUCAAGCUCAGCUUGGCUCUUCCACUCGCCGUCAUAGUGUUUGGCUUUGGCUACCUUGUCUGGCUUUGCAUCUACAAUCUCUACUUUCACCCCUUGCGCAGGUUUCCCGGACCCAAGCUGGCAGCCAUUUCUCGCUUCCCCUACACCCACCUCCUGAUCAGCGGUAAGGGCCACCGCGACGUUUUGGAUCUUCAUCUCAAGUAUGGCCCCAUUGUCCGCAUUGCUCCCGACUUCCUGUCUUUCAGUCACCCUGAUGCCAUGAAUGACAUUCGAGGUCACCGCAAGGCCGGACAGCCGGAGCACCGAAAGGAUCCCAUACGUCAAGAAUUACAUGUAAACAAUAUCAUUGGUGCCAACCGCGCCGAUCACACUCGCUACCGAAGGAGCUUGGCAAAUGGCUUUUCUCAUCAGGCCAUGCUGGACCAGGAGCCCAUCAUCCGUGACUACGUCGAUGAACUCAUGAAGUCUCUCGAGGAGCGUGGCGCCAACGGAACUAAAGAGAUUGACAUGGUUCGCUGGUUCAACUAUGCGACAUUCGACAUCAUCGGCGAUUUGGCCUUUGGUGAAUCAUUUGGCUGUCUCCAAAGCUCCACAUACGAUCCUUGGGUUCAGCUCAUCUUUAACAGCGUCAAGAACUUGGUCUACAUUGGUGCCCUCAAACAUCUCAAAAUAGUCCCUAGGCGCUUCUUGAAAUUCAUCUUGCCAUAUGCCAUGCCGAAAGGUCUGUCGACUAAAUAUGCCGAGAACCAACGUCUCUCCGCCAUGAAGGUUAAGAAGCGUCUCGAAACUGGAUCCAACCGCCCCGAUUUCAUGACAUCAAUGACAACAAAGCGCAAUGGAGAAUCUCUUACCUUUGAGGAGCUCACGUCCAAUGCUGCCAUCCUUAUCAUUGCGGGCUCUGAAACCACAGCCACAGCCUUGUCUGCCGCUGCUUAUUACCUAGGUCUUUUCCCAGAAGUCCAAGCAAAACUGGCCCAAGAAGUGCGGACAAACUUUAACAGUGCGGAAGAUAUUACCAUUACCAGUGUGCAGCAUCUCACAUACAUGCUGGCCGUUCUUGACGAAGUUAUGCGCAUGUAUCCACCUGUCGUCAGUGGUUUGCCACGACUCACUGCUGAGGGAGGUGCCAUGAUUGCUGGAGAAUAUGUUCCCGAAGAUACCAUUGUUGAGGUUUGGCAGUGGCCUUUGUUCCGCAACCCGAAUUAUUGGACGCAGCCUGAUGACUUUAUUCCUGAGAGGUGGCUUGGUGAUCCGAAAUUCGCAAAUGAUAAGCGAGAGUGCUUUCAGCCAUUCUCUACAGGCCCUCGGAACUGUAUUGGCAAGAACCUCGCAUACUCUGAAAUGCGUCUCAUCUUGGCUCGUGUGAUAAUGCAGUACGAUAUCAAGCUGGCUGAAGGAACUAAAGGCUGGGAUGAUCGAAGCAAGACCUAUUCUCUGUGGGAAAAGGGCCCGGUGAAUGUUCACAUGAUCCCAAGGAAGGUGGAGUAA